ACAAGGAGCUCAGAAACAGAGGAGAGAAGAUGAACGAAAGAGCAGACGAGGAAAACAAGGAGGUUUUGUCAGAGGAGGAGGAGGAGGACUUUGAAGCGGCUGUCCCCCCCUGUGCUCCCAGAAGGACACCUGCACCGUCCAGACAACAAACCGUCCCCAAAAUCCCAGAGGCUGUAGACGACUUCCUGAGGAACUUCCUGAGGAGGGCCGGUCUGAGCCGAACUCUGCAUGUCUUCGAGGCCGAGUGGUACGGCUCGGCACAGAAACUCCUGACUGAAUCUCUGUGGACGUGCGUCUCAUUCAUUCCCGACGCUCUCACACACGGGCGACUCCUCCAGAGCGAGCUGGAGGCGGUGCGCAGAGAGACGGGCCUGCUCAGACAGGGCGUGCUGGUGGCGGGGGGGAGCCUGGUGAGGAUGCAGAGGGAGAGGGACUUCCACCGGCUGCAGUACCGACGGGUUGCUGAGGAGAAGAACGGGCUCAUCGAGGACUUCAAACAGCUGAAGGAACACCUGGAGUCCUACGAGCCGGCGCUGAGGCAGCUGGAGGACAAAUGUCAAGCAGCCCUGAGGCAGAACAUGCUCAUCAGUUUGGAAAAGGACAGAGUUCAAAACGCCACGGACGCAAGACUGAAUGAGGAGAAGUCCCACAUCAGGAGAGAGACGAGCAUCAAAAGGAGCGACGGCACCGACACAUCACCAGACGAAAGCCCCAUGACCACACAUCCAAAAGACACCGAGCUCCCCGUCUGCAGCAGGCUGCUGAAUCCUCGCCUGCCUCAAGGGACGUUUCAGAAGUGGAAAAGCUCCAGUUCCUUCAGCCUGUCCUAUUCCUUCAGAGCCCAUAAGCUUCCCAUUAGCUGCAUCGACCUCCAUCCACAAAAACCCAUCCUCGCCACCGCCAGUGAUGACCGCAGCUGGAGGCUGUGGGAGCUGCCCCCCCACAGGGAGAAGGUUCGCCAGGUGCUGACGGAUGAGGGUCACUCUGAUUGGCUGUCGGGCUGCAGCUUUCACCCCGAUGGAGCCAAACUGGCAACAACUAGUGGAGACUCGACGGUGCGGCUGUGGGACUUCUCCCGCGGCGGCUGCGUGGCGGCGCUGUCCGGCCACAGCCAGCCCACCUGGGGCUGCUCCUUCCACUCUUGCGGUCACUUCGUGGCCUCCUGCUCCGCCGACCGAACCGCCAAGCUGUGGGACCUGGACAGCCAGCGGUGCCGGCUCACGCUGCGCCGCCACACCGCCUCCGUCAACAGCGUCUGCUUCCUGCCCUUCUCCAACCUACUCCUCACGUGCUCGGCUGACAAAACCCUCGCCACGUGGGACGCCAGACUGGGAGUCUGCACCGCCAUCUUCCAUGGACACCGGCACCCCUGCAACCACGCUGCCUUCAGCCCGGCGGGCGACGCCGUGGCCUCCUGCGACACACAGGGCACCAUCCACCUGUGGGACACCAGGAAACCCGCGCUGCCGACGGCGACAGUUGAUGCUGGGCCACUGGCCGCCAACCAGGUGGCGUUCAGCCCGUCGGGGAAGACGCUGGCCGUCGCCAGCGCCGACAGGCUGGUCAGGGUGGUGGAGGUGGAGUCCGGCUUGGCGAGCAGCCUGUCGGGACACGGCGACGGCGUGCAGAGCGUGGCGUUCGACCACGAGGGGGAGACUGUGAUGUCAGCUGGGAGUGACGGGGUGAUUAACGUUUGGGCAGGAACCAGCUGAUGAUGAACCUUUUGUUUUCUUGUGUUGAUGGAAAUGUUUGAUAAGUUUUACAAUUAAUACCAAACAUUGUUGAUUGCUUACUUUGGGAAUUAAACGUUUAAAAAAAAGAAAAACGAUGGCAUAAAGACCUUUGAUUG